ACUGCUAUAUCACUCGAACUAAUACGCAAAUUUGUAUCCGUACAGGAAUAUUCAGAAGACAGCAACAGCGAGCCGGAUGUCGACCUCGAGAACCAGUACUACAACAGCAAAGCACUGAAGGAAGAUGACCCCAGGGCGGCGCUCACCUCCUUCCAGCGCGUCCUCGACCUGGAGGCGGGCGACAAGGGGGAAUGGGGCUUCAAGGCGCUCAAGCAGAUGAUCAAGAUUAAUUUCAGACUGGGCAACUACGAAGAGAUGAUGACGCGUUACAAGCAGCUUUUAACUUACAUUAAAUCUGCUGUUACUCGCAACUACAGUGAAAAGUCCAUCAACUCUAUCCUAGAUUAUAUAUCAACAUCAAAAAAUAUGGAAUUAUUGCAAGAUUUCUAUGAAACCACUCUAGAAGCCUUGAAAGAUGCCAAAAAUGAUCGCUUGUGGUUUAAAACAAAUACAAAAUUGGGUAAGCUCUACUUCGACCGGGAGGACUACACUCGGCUGUCAAAGAUCCUGAAGCAGCUUCACCAGUCGUGCCAGACAGACGAGGGUGAGGAUGACCUGAAGAAGGGGACACAGCUCUUAGAGAUUUAUGCUUUAGAGAUCCAGAUGUAUACUGCUCAAAAGAAUAACAAGAAGCUCAAGGUGCGUAUAUUGUCAAGAGGCGAUUGGUAUUUUCUCAUUGGGUUGAGUCUUACCUUUAAAUACCAUUGUUUCAGGUUAAUGAAAUCCGGUAUUAACCCCUUUGACUCCCAAGAAGCAAAGCCUUACAAGAAUGACCCUGAGAUUUUAGCCAUGACCAACUUGGUAGCAGCGUACCAAAAUGACGAUAUCAACGAAUUUGAGACAAUCCUAAAGCAAAACCGAACCAAUAUCAUGGAUGACCCUUUUAUUCGAGAACACAUUGAAGAUCUGUUGAGAAACAUCCGAACUCAAGUGCUCAUAAAACUUAUUAAGCCAUACACAAGAAUUCAUAUACCUUUUAUCUCCAAUGAACUCAACAUAGAUGCAACAGAUGUGGAAGCUCUCUUGGUGCAGUGUAUAUUGGACAACACCAUUGAUGGACGUAUAGAUCAGGUGAACCAGGUGUUGGAACUGACUCGGGGCGCAGAGGGUGCCGCUCGCUACACAGCCCUCGACCGGUGGACAAACCAACUCCAGUAUCUGCAGUUUGUUAUUGUAACCAAGAUGAAUUAAGUAAAAUAAAACAGCCACUGUGGAAAACAGGGGUUGCAAAAAAUCUAUUUUACUCUUUGAGGGGGAUUGUGGAAGAGAUUCAGUUCUCAGGCUAGAAAGUAUGUACAAAUGUAUGAAAUUUGUUCAGAUAUGAACUUAUCAAAGAAAUGGUAAAAAGAAAAUGAACCAGAACUUGUACAUCAAAGACACAUGAUAUUUGGAACUGGAAGGCUCAUUAAUGAUUGCCAGAAAAUGUUUGUCCAACCACAGACUUUGGAUCAUGGGGUUUCCUUCUUUUUUUUUUUUUCAAAUUGUUCAUAUAACAGUUUUGAGUUUAAACUUUGCAUACACUUUGCUGAUUUUAUCCUUGCCAGGCAAAUGGAGAUACACAGUUCCUCUAUUUACAUUAAAGAAAGAACAGAAACAUGUUAUGUACCAAAUGCCAUUUUCUAUUUAAAAAAAAGAAAAAAAAAAUUGAAAGGAAAGGUACUGUAAAAAUUCAUGUUCAUCUUUUAUUGUUGCCUCUUGUGUAAAUAGAUUUAAUAAUUCAGGAUUCUUUGAGUUUCAUUAUUUAUUAGGCUAUUUCUGAUAUUUUGUACAUAAUUUUUUUUAUGAUAUAUGAAAACCAAAUUUCCUCAAAAAUUGCAAAACGUUUGAAAAGCUAUACUCACAGAGAGCAAUAUAUACCUUUUUACCUGUAUUUUCUUUGAGUUUUGAAUUACACUAAAAAUGUUAA